AUGGACGAGGACACGUUCAUGCAUAGUUCUCAUGUUCCUUCCCAAGCUCACGCUGAGUUUUAUGCUACCCACGAAUACCAGUCCUCGGCGUUCCUGGACGCGGCCGAAGACGAGGCCCUCACCCCCCCGCUGCCCUCUCUCCAUGCAUUUGUUGUCUUCGAUACUGGACUCGUCAUAGUGGACGAGGAGGCCGUGUCAGAUAUUCUGAGCUCCCCAUUGCCGAUGGGAGUGCCGUACUACGACGAUGUCCUCCCUUGUUGGCGAUGGCGAGUCUUAUACUGA